AUGGCGCCGCCCGCUGCCCGCCUCGCCCUGCUCUCCGCUGCCGCGCUCACGUUGGCUGCCCGGCCCGCGCCUGGACCCGGACGCCCACUCUUCAGUAUGUCCCGGGAUCGGUCCCCCAAGCCCCUCAUUGACGCCAGGACCCCGUCUCAGGACUUGGCACCCCAUUCUCAAGCCCUUCAGCGAUACCCCGGGGCCCGGCCGUCUCCUCCCCCUGCUUCAGGACCUCUGCAAGUCCUUCAGCGACGCCCCCUCGGUCGGGGACGGUCCCUGCCUCAGCGGCACCCCUCAGCGACACCCCCGCGCUCCCAGCCCUCGCCAUUCGGCCGCACUGGGAGCACCCCGGCGCCCCCCAGCGCAGGAGCGGGUGCGGAGGCAGGAGGAGUGGCGCCCCUCUGCUGGUGUCGGCAGGGCCCGCGCCGCCGGACCCUGACCUCUGCCUCGCAGGAGCCGGGCCAACCUGCCGGCCCUGCAAGAGACAGGUCCGGGGUCCGGGACCGCCCGCUGCACCCUGCCGAGACGCCCCCUCCCUCCCCUCCGGGCCGCUGUGAACUUCCCUGUGACUCAGAGUGUUUCACAGCCAAUGGUGCGGAUUACAGGGGAACGCAGAACUGGACUGCGCGGCACGGCGGGAGGCCAUGUCUGUUCUGGAACGAGACUUUCCAGCACCCAUACAACACUCUGAAAUACCCCAACGGGGAGGGGGGCUUAGGUGAACAUAACUACUGCAGGAACCCAGAUGGAGACGUGAGCCCCUGGUGCUAUGUGGCCGAGCACGAGGACGGUGUCUACUGGAAGUAUUGCGAGAUACCUGCCUGCCAGAUGCCCGGAAACCUUGGCUGCUACAAGGAUCAUGGAAACCCACCUCCUCUGACUGGCAGCAGUAAAACGUCUAACAAACUUACCAUACAAACCUGCAUCAGCUAUUGCCGGAGUCAGAGGUUCAUGUUUGCCGGGAUGGAGUCGGGCUAUGCUUGCUUCUGUGGCAACAAUCCUGAUUACUGGAAGUACGGAGAGGCGGCCAGUACCGAAUGCAACAGCGUCUGCUUUGGGGAUCACACCCAGCCUUGUGGUGGUGACGGCAGGAUCAUCCUCUUUGACACUCUCGUGGGCGCCUGUGGUGGGAAUUACUCAGCCAUGACUGCAGUGGUCUACUCCCCGGACUUUCCCGACACCUAUGCCACAGGCAGGGUGUGCUACUGGACCAUCCGUGUCCCAGGGGCCUCCCACAUCCACUUCAACUUCACCUUGUUUGACAUCAGGGAUUCCGCAGACAUGGUGGAGCUGCUGGACGGCUACACCCACCGGGUCCUGGUCCGCUUCAGUGGAAGGAACCACCCCCCUUUGUCCUUCAAUGUCUCUCUGGAUUUUGUCAUUUUGUAUUUCUUCUCUGAUCGCAUCAAUCAGGCCCAGGGAUUUGCAGUCCUAUACCAAGCCGUCAAGGAAGAGCAGCCACAGGAGACACCCGCCGUCAACCAGACCCUGGCCGAGGUGAUCACCGAGCAGGCCAACCUCAGUGUCAGUGCUGCCUGGUCCUCCAAGGUCCUCUACGCCAUCACCACCAGCCCCAGCCACCCACCUCAGGCCGUCCCAGGAUGGACGGUGUAUGGCCUGGCAACUCUCCUCAUUCUCACAGUCACAGCGAUUGUCGCCAAGAUACUUCUGCACGUCACGUUCAAGUCCCAUCGUGUUCCUGCGUCAGGAGACCUUCGGGGUUGCCGCCAACCAGGGACUUCAGGGGAAAUCUGGAGCAUUUUUUACAAGCCUUCAACUUCGAUCUCCAUCUUUAAGAAGAAGCUCAAGGGUCAGAGUCAACAAGAUGACCGGAGUCCCCUCGUGAAUGACUAA